AAGGAGCGUAGCAAGAUGGCGCCUGCCAUCGCUCAACGUUAGCGUUAGUAACAUGAGUUAACGUUUUGGUCAGCACUAGGAUUUUUUAUUAGGCGUUCGUGCAGUUAAGCUUGUCGUUCUCCUGAUUUGUGUAGCCGCCCCCAGUCAAUUACUAAUAACUUAAACUUGCCACCGUAUCACUGUGAAAACAGAGGAACGCAUCAUGUUACAAUACAGCAGUUGUGAUAGUGCCGGCUAUGGUGAUUGACUACCUUCUCAUGCUGUCGUUAAAAUCAGCUGCUAACGCAAUCAACGUGGGUUAUAAAUGAACGUCAAUUCACUUUCCGAAAAUCACCAGCUAACCCACUGGACCAGCGAUUGGCUGACUAUGGUGGCACUACGCAGGGCUGCUAAAUGCCAGUAGUUAUUGUUGUUGUUGCUGGCCUUUUAAGAGCUUUUGAUUAUUUUGCUGCAUUACACAGACGUCUAGCAUACGGGGUAAAAGCAUUUUACCCAUCGGUUCACUCAUCGAUUGAUCCAUCCAUCCAUCCAUCCAUUAAAGGACACAAACGGCCCAGCUACCGAAUAUGCAUUCGACGUUAAUGCAAGCGAAAGCCAAAAAGGACGUGGAUUCCUCGAUUCAUGUUGCCAUCGAGGAUUUGCAUUUCCACAUGCGUAAAUGCAAGGAGGAGGGCGAGAAUCUGAAAAAACAGAAGGAUCAGCUGCUUCUGAUGCUCGAAAACAAGAAUCUCACUACCCGGCAAUUGCAACACAGUAUCCAACAACUUGAACGGAUGAACUCCGAGCUGCAGGAGAAGGUUCGAACACUUGGAGAAGAAAACGAUCGAUUACGAAAGGAGAACAGGCAACAACGGACUCCUUUGAGACAAGGAAGUCAGGUAGUUCGAAAACCAUUUAAGCAUCAGGUCGACACGCUUGGCUCCGAAAGUUGGGAAGACCUAAGCAUGAAGCUGCUCGAACAGAUGGAGCGUGAUAUCAACGAUCUGCAUGAUCUCGGCGAGAAGGUACGCGAUAAUGAACCAUUGUUGGCGACCUCGGAAGAUCUAUCGCCCACUUCGCCGUUAGUCCCAAAGUCAGCAAGUGUGUACGAUGACCAUGAAGCGCUGCAGAUGGUUGCGGAAAUGAAGAGCCAACUUAGUACGAUCAAGGAGCGGCUUCUACUUCAAAAAACCUUACUUCAAAACGCUAGAAAAGAUAAAGACGCUCCAAAAUUGCAGCAGCGGCCAGCAUCGGAUGAUUCGUUUCGAGUAUUCUUCACCCAGCAGCUCAGCAGUAACACAAAAAAGAAUGAAGUUGGAAAACAGUGUCCAAUGUGUGAAGAGGUCCUUCCCCAAGGGACAACACAAUCCGAAUACGAACAGCACGUGAUGUCGCACCUAGGCGCGGCAUCACAUCAUCGUUUCUAGUUAAUCGUCCGACACAACGUUACGUAAGGAUACCUAAACAGUACAAAGUAGACAUACGUUGACGGAAUACCGUGAUAAACUUUUCGUAGGUUACUUAUUUAAAACAAUGUAUGUGAAAAACUUUGCCAGUCGCACAACUAACCAAGAUGAAGCUGUAUUUCUCGACAAAUGACAACAAAAAAAAAAAGCCUACAAGAGUAGCUAAUAGUAAAUUUAACUACCAAAAUAGUGAUAACAAUAACUAUUACUACGGUAUCGUGUGGUGAGUAGCUUUCUCUAAAAUACGCCGAAACACUUUAUAAGUGAGUUGAAGAUCGCAAGUUGAUCGCAACUGGACAAUUUGUUUUUCAGUUCAGCUUGUGCGAUCUUACUGCCAACGUCGCUGGAUGACUAGGCAGAGUUGUAAUAUAUAGCUACGGCGUAAAAGAUCAAUAAUGGUGGGUUAAAGAUGAUGCAGAGGGCCUUCUUGCUCGCUAUUUGAAUUGACUCCACACACCAAAAUUCGUGUGAAAGACAUAUUCAAAUUAGUUGAUGACACUCACACGAGUGCCGAUAAGUAGGAGAUAGAAAUAAAAUAACAGUAUUCCCACAUGGACACCUACAUUACUGCACAGAGCGGCGUGCAGGGCCUUCUUCAACGGUAACGUAACUUAAAAGCUCUCGAAUAAGUACUUCUUAUGAAGCGACGUUGUAUUUCUAUGAAUAUACGGUAAACACAUGUGCCUAUUAAUCCUUCUAUCGUGAAAAUAAAAGCAAGCCAAUGUCCAUUCACACAUCGUAACCACUGGUUAACUAUCAUGCAAAUGUGAGAAAAGUUAGUUGUCAACGUACCCGUUUGUAGGUGGAACUGUGAAAAAUCUCAUGCCAACUGUAUUUAACGAGAACAUGUGAGGUCUCUUUUCAAAUCAAUGCCUUCUUUUACGGAAUUGUAGAAGAAAAGUUUGAUUAAUAUUCCUUUAACAGAAUGCGUUACAAAUGCAAAAUAACAUAAGAAAACCGUUGUGUGAAUCAAAGCUCGAUUUUAUUUGGGAAAAGAAACAAUAAAAUUGUGUUUUUUCAUAGU